AUGUCCAUGACUUCACCAGCUCUUCAUGCACAUCCCGUUCCGAGAAACCAAUUAUCCAACCGCGAGGGCUCAGGGCUUGGGUGGUCUGUGGACCUCCAACCCGAUGCUCAUGGCAUGGCCUUCAACUCUGGGUCCGAUUCGGCAGUGGCGUCAACACCUGAGGGGGGCGAUAGCCUAUCCCACAAUGCUGCGAUCAACAUCUCCCAGAGCGACAGCCGGCGGCCCUCUGCUCGAGCCAGUGUGACCGGGGAGGCAAGUUCAGAAAACUCGACAGAUCAGUGUUUCUGGAACAGCAGUAGCUCAACACAAGUUAUUGAAUGGACCUGUCCAUCAGUUGAUGAAAAAAUGAAUCAGGAAGAUGAGGAUGAAGGUGUUGAACCCUCAGAAGCAUCAGACGCCUUGGACGAACUGGAGUCUGACAUGGAAGAAAUGGAAAAUAACAAUAUAAGCAAUGCAGUGAUUGUCAUGAGGAAUGCUACCGGUCUUCUCCAAAUACACGAUGAGAACACAACAACCGAAGACAUGUGCUACUCAUCAAAUCAGAACACGAUAAACGAUGUUGACUGUCAAAGUAUCCCAAAUACAAACUUUUCAUGGGCUGUAAAGAUUCCCAAGGAAGCAGUGUAUAAAUCACGACGGGAAAACAAUGGAUGUGCGUUUGUUGCAGUUCUACGGUUCAUAAAUAUGAGGAACAAGAAUCAAACUGCAAACCGGACUGUUUUGAACAAUGAGGUUUAUGGAAUAGCGAUGAAGGCCAAUAUCUCCAACCUUACUGAAAAUAUUGAAAUGUUCAUUACACAGAAAGAUCCGGUCAGUAAGCCAUCCUGCCAUUCUUGGGAUGGAAACGGAGAGCUUAAUUGGACGACGUUCGGCUGUGAGACAGAAACAAUCGAACAAUCGAACAUCAUAAAGUGCUCCUGCUCACAUCUGACGUUCUUUGCAGUGCUGAUGAUCCCUCAGUCAGAUGCAAAUAAAACAGCACUGCAUCUGAAAGCAUUGACUUUUAUCACUUCUAUCGGCUGCGGCAUCUCCAUGUUUUUUAUAUCUGUAGCUUUAUUCAUGCAUUUCCUGCUACGGAAAGCCGAAUCAAAUCAGGCCACGAAGAUCUUGAUGAACAUGUUUGUAGCUUUGUCUCUACUGAAUGCCUCGUUUUUGUCAAACGAGAGCGUCGCUAACACAGGAGACAACACUGCGUGCGUCUUCAUAGCGCUGCUCCUGCAUUACUCCAUGCUGGCCUCAUUCACCUGGUUCUUCAUUCAAGCUCUUCAUUUGUACUUAUGGCUCAUCAGACAGAACGUCUCCAUCACAAACUACAUGAGGAAGAUCACCGUGUUGGGCUGGGGGUUGUUCCUCUUCCUGUACUACUACCACAUUCACAAUGAUGUCGCGGGUCAUUUCUCUGAUGAUCCAGAAAACACAGACUCCACUGAAAGCAUCACUUAAUCCAGCAUUAAUGCUGUGGAAAAUAUUUAUGACUAGCAUAAGACAGAAGGCUUUUUUUCUUUUUCUUUUUUUCUCUUAGACUAAAAUGAUGUAUGUACAUAAACAUUAUGACUCUAAAAAGGGUCAGUUAUACUGAAGUCACUCAAAACAAAUGACAAAUAUCUGUUGAUCAUUACUAAAACUUGUAGAAGGAUUGAAUUGUGCUUUCAAAUCUCUGAUAUGAUCUGAUGUCACUGUUGUUUGAUUUGUUGAGCAUUAUAAUCAUCCAUAUGUGAUCAUGUGCGUGUCAGAGCAACUCAAACAACACUGAACCUUUUUUUAAAAAAUUACAUAUUCAAAUCAGGAUGAAUGUCGAGAAGCUUUUGGAUUCUGACAUUUGCAUGGUCAUUUUAUAAAGCAUCUCACUAUAAAAAAAAAAGGUUCCUGUGGCUCAGUGGUAGAGCAUUGCGUUAGCAGCGCAAAAGGUUGUGGGUUCCCUGUCCCAGGGAACACACAUAUGACUCUACACAAAUGCACUGUAAGUCGCUUUGGAUAAAAGGGUCUGCUAAAUGCAUAAAUGUAAAUGUAAAAUCCACAAACAUGGAUGUGAAACAUAUUUGGUUAAAGGAAACACACAUGCAUACACAUACACAAAAAACUGUCAGAAUCAGUGAAUCCAUCUGUUUUAUGUUGCUUAUGAUUCUCUUUUAUAUUUCUCAGUAUUUCUUAUGUGAUUCUAAUGAAGCCAAUAAAAUGAUUUUUUAUUAAUCAUGAUGGACUGACUCAAAUAAUUUAUUCACUUGAGUCACACUUAAAAAUAUACAAAUUCAUCAGGUCAUGAAAUAUCAAAGCAAAUGGAAAUGUGAGAAAUGUGCAAAAACACACUAACAAAGUAUAAAAAACAUGACAUUUUCUGCAUCUACAGUAUAUCAUGUCAGAUAACCAUUAAUCAAAUUGACGUUUUCAUUAGCAUCUUCUAAUGUUAUUAUUAUUAUUAUUAAUUACUUGUUUUCUAUAUUUAUAUUGUUCUCUGUGAGCAAUGCCUUGAAAAACUUGACC